GCGUGCAUGUCAGUCUGCUUGUCGACCUUUUCGUGGAGCGAGCGGAAGAAAAAUCAUAACAUUUUUACGCGUUUAUUUUGAUUGUUUGGUGCCGUGAAAAGAACAUUGUUUUUCGCUAUUAAAAUAUCUCGUUUCUGGUUAAAAUUAGCAGUGGAAAGUUGUGUAGUAAAUGUUUCGGCUAGUUGAAGUUUUAUAUCGGAGAUAACUAUCGAAACGACGUUGUUUUCGGGGCUGACGAAAUCGAGCCAUUUUUUACGCAGCAGCACGAAAACCGAAAACCAAAAUGGACAAUCUGGCAGACGAUCCGACCUUCAUCGAUGCGAUCGUCCAUGAAGUCAAAUCUCAAGGUCUGUUCGAUCAGUUUCGAAAGGAGUGUCUGGCAGACGUGGACACCAAGCCGGCCUACCAGAACCUCCGGCAAAGGGUGGAAAGUUCGGUCAGCAAGUUUCUCUCCCAGCAAAAGUGGACCGACAAUAUCCGGCAUAAGAAUCAGCUGCGGGAGAAGCUGAGGAAGAAUAUUAUAGAUUCGGGAUUCCUGGAAACCGGAGUUGAGCGCAUCGUCGACCAAGUGGUGAAUCCAAAAAUUUCAACAGUGUUCCAUCCAAAGGUGGAGGACAUAGUUUACAACUAUCUGGGUAUCGAAAAGCCCAAACCGGUGGUCAACGGAAGUGGCGGAUUGGAUGUGCAAACCGAUUUUCUACCGGAAGAUUUGGAAGCGGUAAGUCCCGAUUCGGACAAGAAGUCUUCGAGUGCCUCCUCGGACAUCCAUCCAACAAUGAUGGAACAGAACCAACAGGAAGAGCUUACCGAAUCCAAGGAGAUAAUUGACGAUUUCGAAUCGCCGGCGUUUGAACCUUUGGAAACGCGCCCACCAAGCCAACUAAAACAGGAAAGUAAUGAUUCGAAUGCCUCGGCCAUCAGUGGUUUGACUUCUCAGGAAUCGGUCGAGAAUGAGCCGAAGGAAUUGGUUACCGAACCGACGUCUGAGCAAACCAAUUUUAAAGCUAGCGAGAAGCAACAAGAGGAUAAUACCCAAGAAGAACCAGUGGCCGCUGGCACUCCAGAGAAACCAAGCCCAGAGAUCGCUCAGAAUGAUUCACAGUUGUCGCAAGUGUCGAGCAACAGUCGAUUAUCUAUCAUUACCAACUCGGAAGCAACCACCCAGCAGCAACAACAGCUAGACACACUGGGAAAUCCCCGGCUUGACAUAACGGAAGAGGCCCAAAUGCCAAAGUUCAACGAAAAUUCCAACGAGGAAGAAGGUGAACUCUCGGACAGCAACGAAGGCACACCUGGCCCAAGCUCGGAGUUGGAACCACAAAGAUCCAACUUCGAUCUGCGACAGGAAGCGUACGAUUUCAAAGGAACGGACCGCAAUCGAUACCUUGGAGCGGAACUGGAAGGAGAAGUGGCCGGAAGACCGGAUGCUGGUCAAAAUGGAGGUGACGAAAAAGACGAGCCAUUGAACACCUCGGAUGAACGACAUCAGAAUGCACCGUCGCCGUUGCCAUCGGCCAGGUUCGAGGAAAACUCAUCGCACUCAGAGCGUUCACUGCGAAUCUGCGAGGAUUCAACCCUGGAGCAGAAAACUUUGGACGCCAGCGAUCGCCUCGACAACUGCGAUUCUGCCAAGACGCCAUUAAAUGAUGAACACAGCACUCAGUCAGCACCGGAUGUCGAUAAGAUGGACUCAUCGCAGGUGGAGGUCGUCAGCUUGGCGGCCGUCCAGCAUCACGUGUCCGAGGGUGACUCGCGAAAAGAUCGCCAUCGAAGUGGACGAGAACGUGAAAGUGAUCGCCAUCGACAUUCCUCAUCGCACCGUCAUGGAUCAUCAUCUUCGCGGGAUGACCGAAGAUCACAUGGUUCUUCGAAGCACGGUAGCACCAGCCGCAGGUCGGAUCGCGAUCGGGAUCGCAAACAUGAGAACGGAAACAGCAAUUCCAAUAGUGGAAGUUCCAGGAAAACCCAUGACAAGAGAAAGGAAGAGGAUGAUCAUUACAGUUCACACGAAAAACCAACAAAACGGCGACGAUCGACGGACAGAGACUCCAAUGAUGGAGCUGAAAAUGGUAAAUGUUAUAAAACUACGGGACAGAGCGUGGUUCGAUCAGGAGAAUCUGCUCAGAUCUCCUCGAAGGAUUCACAAAAUACAGACAGACGUAGCGGUGGAACUCAGGAUAGUCAACCUCAGCUGAACGAUUCGUUGGAUUCGAGCUUUGAAGGUUUCGAUGAGGAUCAACUGCAUGAUAACCCGAAAAAGGUAGACAAAUUGGCAAAAUUUUUGACAAAAUCGCCAAACAAGUUGAAAAUGGGAGAGAAUUCCCAUAAACCGAACAAAAAGACGAAAAAACCUAUUCAUAGAUCACCCAAAGAAGCUGAUCGCAAAAGCUCCAGCAACAUGGAUGUAUUUGCCUUUUCAUUCGAUAAGCCGGCGAAAUUGGGCAAAAAUGGAGAAACGGAUCAUGAUGAGAUACGGAAUGUGGAACAACUGCUGCCAGAUUCAAUCGAUUCAUUGGACCAUUUAGCUGAAGAUGUGAUUGUGCUGGAACCUACCGAGCUGGCAAUGGUUAUUCAAGCUAGUGAUGAGCAAAACGCACAAGUGAUUGGUUCAAACCUAGCUGGUGAUGAUGAUGAAAUACUGCAAUCCGCGCCCCACAUGUUUCCCAGAACCAAUCCGGAAGAUCUUGUCACUUUGACCACUCAGCCAGUGAUAGUGGACCAAAUGCUGACCAACGGAGACAAUAUGGAUCUUGAAUUGUUGAUUGGCGAGAAGCAGCUGCACGGAGACGAAACGACCAUGGACAAAAUACAGCAAGGUUUGGAUGUCGCUAAAAACCGUGUACGGAAACCGAAGAUCGCAUCCAACUUUAGUGAGGCUCGCAAGCUCAUGAAAGUUCGUAGGCAGAUCGAGCGAGAAGAGAAAAAGAAGCGAGAGCAAGCGAUGGCUCUCGCUAAGAAACUGAUCAACGAAACUGGAAGCGAAGACGAUCAAGGAAUUGAGCUGGAAUUUGUUUGCGACGGCAACAGAAAUAACUCUGCACCGAUGAUUUCCUCGCCGGUCAGGCAAAAAGCGCCAAAGCUCAAUGGCAGCCUGGAUGAUGAAACAGAUUUGCUGUAUCUGCCCGAAGAGGAUCAAGUUUAUGCCGAAAACGAGAAACUGUUGGAUUUCUUGCGGCUCAAAACUGCCGAAGUUUUAGUCCCAGAUGAUUUCAAGCAAAACGACAGUCGAUUGUAUUCGUUGGCGCCAACUCACGCCCACGAAAAGAGUGUACGAAAUAUAUUCCCCGACAACGAAGACGAUGAAACAAUGACCGUGGAAUUGGCCGAACCCCUAAGCGAUCCAUCAAUCGCUGAGUCAGACACUAAAGAUCAAGAGGACAAUGUCAAACAGGAACUAGCGGUGCCGUCGUCAGAACGAGUGACAGCAAUUGAAAUGGCCACAACGGAGGUGGAGAAAGCAGUAACACCCAAACAGCGAACAUCGAAGAGAAAGCAAUCCCGUUCGCCUCCCAACGCUGCGACCAACACGGAUGUGGAUUUCGAGGCGUGUCUUCCGGUGCAACGGAUUGACAAGCAAGCGAUGAAAGCAGACGAUGAUACCGUUCAACCUUGUAAAAACAGCACGCAAAAUCUAUUUAAUGCCAAGAGAUCUAGGAGAGUAGGAUUGCCUAAGCCGAAAGGACCUAUCACCAGUACAGCAAUUCUAACCGUGGACAUUUCCGACGUCAAGCCGAUUACCGAAGGCAAAGGAUCGCCCGGAAACAACAACAAUGGCAUCGUCAAGGCCAAGCGCUACAGCAGUGAAGAUUUGUACAAACCGCGUUAUAACUCGCGAACGCGCACCAGAGCUAGCGAGCAAGUUGGCAUUUAGUUUCACGCUUCUACUAAGUUGGUUAUGUGCAAAGUUUCCAUAGCAUUUUCUUUGGAAGAAUUCCGAAACACUGUUGAAAAUGAGCAAUAGCUUGAAUAAACGUGCUUGAUCGCAUUUCUGAUCGGUGCAGUGAAACGAGCCACCCCUACCUCUCUCUCUGGGAAAGGAACAAAUGCUAGUUCAUGUAAAGCUGUUUUAAAUUUAAUCCAUGUAGAAAUAAUAUUAUUCUAAAUACAACAUA